AAGCUGAGGGGCGGCUCUGGGAAAGUCCUAGGGGUGGAGGCAGUCUCCACAGCCUCCACAAGGGAGUUACCACCUUCCCGCACCUGUGGGUACAAGUCUCCUGCUCUGGCUGUAUUCCACAGUUAGAACUUCAUAUCUUUGGCUUAGAGCUGAAUUUUCUGUUACCAUGUGGAUGCUCCAGGUGGAGUGUGGAGCUUGUUAACAGACGUGCAUGCCUGGCCUGUGGACUGUGCAGUAAGUGUUGAAAAAGGCACUCUUCCCUGACUUGAUUUCUUUCUGCAUCUCCUCCCAGGGGCCCACUCCUGCUUAAAAACACCAUGCAUGCAGACUGCUGCUGGGAACGUGACAGUUGGCUGUUGGAGAGAAGGGGGCACUGGCAUUGAGAGACCUCCAGACUGGACAUGGCCCUGAGUCCAGGGGCUAACCUGGUCUUCCAUGAAGACCCAAAGAUGACACCAAGUCUCCCCUCCUGUGGGGCCCCGGGAUUAGGGUCUGGCACCAUCCCUUGGCCCCACCCAGACACGGCUCAUGUGCCUAUGUUGAAUCUGCUCCCAAGUCCUGGCUUGGCUCUCAUUCCAGAUCUUAAUGAUUCUUUGAGUCCAGUCUCAGGGGAGGCCUCAGGCCUGGUGUCUGAAAACACCCCCAGACCUGAUGACAGCAGAGCCAUCGCUCCAGCCUCCCUCCAGAUCACCAGUUCUUGUUCUGGUGAAGCCCUGGACCUGGAUUCCAAGGAUGUCUCAAGGCCUGACUCACAGGGGCGCCUCUGUCCAGCCUCAAACCCCAUUCUGAGCCCUAGCUCUACUGAGGCCCCUCGUCUGAGCUCUGGGAACCACCCUCAGUCAAAUUCUGAAGAUGCCUUCAAGUGCCUCUCAAGUAAGAUUUUCGAGUUGGGUCAGAGAAACUCUAACCCUUCUAGGCAUGAAUUAAACCCAUUUAUAAGGCACCAUUCCAGAGAAGGUCUGGUUCUGGGCCACUGCCUCUCUAAGCCAAGCUCAAAAGCACUCCUUAUUCCAACCUCAAACUCUUCUCUGGACCUUGACUCCAAUCCAUUGCUCAACAUGGGCUCAAGAAACACCUCCAAGCUGAACCUGAAUGUAGCUCCAGAUUCUCAUGGGACCCUAAUCCCAGACACAAAUGAGACCAUCACUUUGGCUUCACAUAAUAUCUCUGAGUCUGUUUCAAAAGGAGCCUUUAGUACCACCUGGAGCACAAGUUCAAAGGAAACCAUGAAUGUGGCUUCCAACGGCCACCCCAGAUCUGAUUUGAACGUGACCAUCACUCAAGCCUCGUAUGUGACCCUGAUUCCUGGCUCCAGAGAUGGUAUCAGCCUGCACUCCAGCACCCAUGGGCCCAACUCCACCAUCUCUCCACCCUCAUGCAUGACUCUAAUCCUGGGUUCCAAUGAGACUCUGAGCCUGGACUCCAGCCUCCUGUUCAGCGACACCUCCACCUUGACGCUGAGCAGUCAGCAGGAUGAUGCCAAGGACAACAGCAUCCACACUGUGCCCCUGGAGGAGAAUCUGGAGAGUUGGAGCGAGAUGGCCAGCAUUAAGGUGGGCCAGUUCCCGCUGGGAUUCCCCACCUCCAACCCCGCAGGCAAGGACGCCGUGACCUUGCAAGGCAUCCCUGAGGGAGCCUUUGAUGAAGUGACCUCAUGCCUGGUGAAGGUGCCAGAGAAGACAGAAGGUGGCAACAACAUGGCUCUGGACAGUCAGGCCCAACCCAGGUCUGGGCCAUGUGGCAGGCUCAGGAGGCCCAAGAAGACCAGUCCAGCAGGUUGAGAAUGUCACCACCCUUCAGAAGAGCCAGGAUCUGCUGGAGGCAGAAGGAGAAAAGAAGACCAUGAUAAAGAAGAUUAUGAGGCAGAUCCAGGAGGAGCCACUGGAUUCUCUCUCAAGCUCCGUCCGCAAGCAGGCCAUGGAGAUCCUGACCCAGCUGAGCCACACCCAGCCCACCCUGGGCAUGCGGGAGAGGUCGGAGCUGGUGAACGUGUGUGUGCACAGCGUGUUCUCCCUGCCCUCCGUGCAGGCGAUGCAGGAGAAGGACGAGGCCAAGGCUGAGACCAUCCAGACUCUUUACCAUCAGACCCUGGAGGCCCUGCAGACACUGCUCAAAGCCCUCUUUAUCGAGGACCCCACUCCUGCUGGGCUGAAGAGCAUCUUGGAGGCCCUGGGGCCUUGGAUGAACUCUGGGAAGGCCCAUGAGCGAGCACGGGCUGUGAACACCAAUGUCUCUGUGUUGAACCACAUGCUUCUAACUCUGCCUUUCUUUAUGCCCUUGGGGUUCCCGGCGCUGGGGCUUCUGCUGGGGAGACUCAUCCUUCGCAUUGGGGAUCCUGAUGAGGAGAUUGGCUGUGAGGCUCUGGACGGCAUCAUCAUCCUCUACACUACUCUGGAGCUCCAAAAACGAGCCAGAGAUAAGGAAGAGACCAACAAGAAGGAGCUAUAUGAGAGCAACAAGCAUUUCCUGGGGCCCUACAACCCUGUGAGCCCGUGCCAGAACAUUCUGCGGGUGAUCGAGGAAUUUGGAGACUUCCUGGGGCCCCAGCAGAUAAAGGACCUGCUGCUGGCCGCCCUGGAAGGGCUGAAAGGCAGCUCAGAGGCUCCAGGGAAGGACUCCAGGGAGAUGAUGCAGCUGGCCUCGGAGGUCAUGCUCAGCUCGGUGCUGGAGUGGUACUGCCACAGGGCGCUGGAGGUGAUCCCAGAAAUCAUGCAAGGCAUCUACAUGCAGCUGAGCCACAUCCAGGAGCCUCGGGCCCGCCAGGUGGCCCUGCUGCCCGUCUCCCUCCUGGCUAGCUCCUUCAUGACCGAGGUUGUGGUGGCCCUGCUCAUGUGCCCCCUCCCACUGAACAGCAAUGGAGCAGAGAUGUGGAGGCAGCUGAUACUGUGUAAGCCCAGCUGUGAUGUCCGAGACCUCCUGGAUCUGCUCCUGGGCAGCCUGAAGGAGAAGCCCAUCACCAAGGAGGGCCGGGCUUCCAUCGUGCCCCUAGCGGCAGCCAGCGGCCUGUGCGAGCUCCUGUCCAUCAACAGCUGCAUGGGCCGUGUGAGGCGCAUCUACCCCCAGCUGCUCCUGGCCCUGCUCAUUCAGGUCCAUUACCACAUCGGCCUCAACCUGCCUGGCUGCGUGGCUCCUCCCAAGGACACCAAGAAGGGUGCACAGCCCUCUCCCUUCGUACCUGUGCGCUGGGUGGUGAAAGUGGUGAAAACCCUGCUACUGAGGAUGGGCUGCUCUUAUGAGACCACGUUUCUGGAGGACCAGGGUGGCUGGGAGCUCAUGGAGCAGGUGGAGAGCCACCACCGUGGAGUGGCCCUGCUGGCAAGGGCCAUGGUGCAGUACUCCUGCCAGGAGCUGUGCCGCAUCCUCUACCUGCUCAUCCCGCUCCUGGAGCGAGGCGACGAGAAGCACAGGAUCACGGCCACCGCCUUCUUCGUGGAGCUCCUCCAGAUGGAGCAGGUGCGCCGGAUCCCUGAGGAAUACUCUCUGGGGCGGAUGGCAGAAGGCCUGAGCCACCACGACCCCAUCAUGAAGGUGCUGUCCAUUCGAGGCCUGGUCAUCCUGGCCCGCAGGUCUGAGAAGACCGCCAAGGUGAAGGCCCUCCUGCCCUCCAUGGUGAAGGGCCUGAAGAACAUGGAUGGGAUGCUGGUGGUGGAAGCGGUCCACAACCUCAAGGCUGUCUUCAAGGGGCGGGACCAGAAGCUGAUGGACAGUGCGGUCUAUGUGGAGAUGCUGCAGAUCCUGCUGCCGCACUUCAGCGACGCACGAGAGGACGUGCGCUCCUCCUGCAUCAACCUGUAUGGGAAGGUGGUCCAGAAGCUUCGGGCACCACGCACUGAGGCCAUGGAGGAGCAGCUCGUCAGCACCUUGGUGCCCCUACUGCUGACCAUGCAGGAGGGCAACUCCAAGGUAAGCCAGAAAUGUGUGAAGACCCUGUUACGCUGUUCUUACUUCAUGGCUUGGGAGUUGCCAAAAAGAGCUUAUAGCCGGAAGCCCUGGGACAACCAACAGCAGACGGUGGCCAAAAUUUGCAAGUGCCUUGUGAACACCCACCGAGACAGCGCCUUCAUAUUCCUCAGCCAGAGCCUGGAGUAUGCCAAGAACUCACGGGCCUCCCUCCGGAAGUGCUCAGUCAUGUUCAUAGGGUCCCUGGUCCCCUGCAUGGAAAGCAUAAUGACAGAAGAUCGUCUGAAUGAAGUGAAAGCUGCUCUGGAUAACUUGAGACAUGACCCAGAAGCAUCAGUGUGCAUCUACGCAGCCCAGGUCCAGGACCACAUCCUGGCCAGCUGCUGGCAGAACUCCUGGCUGCCGCACGGGAACUCAUGGGUGUGUUACUCAGCCACCACGCACCGCUGGAGCCCCAGCUGUGAGAACCUGCCCACUUCCCACCAGCGGCGCUCCUGGAUCAUGCAGGCACUGGGCUCCUGGAAGAUGUCCUUGAAGAAGUGACGUCCCUGAGCCCCAAACCCUCCUCAGGGUGGUUGAGUUCCAGCCAUGCUCCCUAUAAAUAUCAUGUGGCUUACCUCUC